AGUGUAGUAUGCGAUUUUAUCAUCCACUUCUUUCUACACAAAUGUGCAGCUAACGUUUAGGGUAUUGUUCUUGGAAAAGCUGACCGAUACCCUAAAUUUCAUAAGUGCAAAGUAACGCAAUCAAAGAAUAUUAAUAUAUAGCUAUGUACACCCUACCUUAUAGAAAAGGACCUUGAGUCUUAAAAUUGUACCACAUUUUUAAUGGCAACUUCUUAGUUUUCUUUUGAGUUAUUACUUUUCAUCUGAUGUGUGUGCGAGGUUGCAUGAUGACUGCAGUAUCAGAUAGGUUAUUGAUGAGAUUCUAGGCUUUUGGCGACUUCACUCAACCUUAUUCCACCACUUUAUUGUGAAGAAAGACCACAGUUGGAAAUGGGGCGUGACACCCUUCCCUGGACUCCCCUUUUCAAACUGUUUGUUACUGAAUGUACGCAAACAGUGGUAAAUACAUUCUGAGAGCCCCUGGAUCGUUUGGUGCGUUCCUCCCUUUCCCUUGAGAACACAAGCAAAAGUGACCCGACAUUGUGAGGUGCUGUUGGCCUUCGAAGUGGUGAUUAGGAGACUGAAUUAAUCCAUUUUCAUACGUAGGGACAAUGUGGCAUCUAUCUACUGUGGAAAGGAAAUAAAAUUACAACGACGAAAAAAGGGUGACAACGUCAAAAAAUCCGUUUAAAUGUUGUGCAGUGGUAACACUUACUUUUUAUUUUGGUCAUUUACUUCAUCCCCUCAUCUCGCAUAAUCUGCUCGACUUCACGUACAAAUUUUCAUUACCGAAUAAUAAGAAAUAAGAUGUGCAUCGGUUGUUUUUCUAUUUGAGGAGAUCUCACCAACGCGCUGUAUUGACUUGAGAAGAGUAUUCUAACAGUAUUUUUCCCUUUAGAAAAAUUAUGUUUCUCUAUUUCCAUUUUUAUAUUUACUGGUGCAAUGCUGAAUUAGGGCUCUUUUAACAAGCAAAUUUCUCUUAGGAAAGUGAUUAUUUUUUUACGUCGAUCCUUUUGGUGUGAAAAAAAAUAAUAAUCAAAAAGUGAAUGCAAUUAGAGCAGCAGUCCAAUAAACCCACACACGUUGAGCUGAUAAUAAAGAAAAGCAACGUGGAGGAGAACGCAAGUAGUUGCCGCCAACGUAAUAACGGCGUGAAUAAUCCUGUUGAAACGGUCUCCCACACCCAUGAGUUCGACGUUGAAAAAAGGAGUGAUAUUCCACACCUCACUCCCACUCUCUUGAAGAAAUCCCAGGAGAAUUUGUCCCCUCAUCGGAAGCCUCAUUAUAGGGAGUCAAAAGUGGUCAAAACAACACGCAAAAAUCGAUCGACAGAGAGGGACCAAUCCAAACACCAGGGAUUCACUACGCCUUUAUUUGCCGAAACUCUGGAUUCGGUGUCCAGCAGAGGAGCUGGGUCAUCCGUAGUUAUUUCCACGAAUCAAUUGAAUCACAAGUCCCCCACUUCCUCUGUUUCCCUGACAAUGAAGUGGGCCGAUCGUACUUCUUUGAUCUCUCCAAAUUCUCCUCGUUUGGACAGUGAUAAAAAGGGGAGAGGUGGUGGGAAAACGAAGGGACACGUCGGGUCUCUCCCUCUUAACAAACCCGUUGAAAUGGAGAAAACCGAACGGCGAAGUCCACCACCUCCCGACGGUAUUCAUACCAGCCUAUCGGUCAAUCCCCACUUGGGAGAAUCAGCGAAGGUAGGAAACCCUUGGGAAGACGACACGAGCACUCGAGCUGACCCUCAUCUAGAGUAUUUUGUAGACAAUUAUUAUCAAGAAAGCUAUUCUUCAGAAAGUUUAUCACCCACCAGGGAUAAAGGGGAGAGGGGAUCUUCCCGUGACCGAUGGAUUCAGGUUCCUGGCCACAGUCUGAACACCAAGCACGCUGCGGCAUGGGGUAAUCCUGUCGAAGGAAACCCCAAUAGGGAAGGGGUCUGCGAGGCUUUAGACGCCUCUUGGGUCGUAGGGCAGCACGAAUUUAGAAAAUAUCACCCCAUCGACCUUCCACCCCUCGAGAAGGACGUGGGCUGCAGCAUACGAAACUCGCCCCGUCUGCUUGAGCCCCUUCACGCGACGGCCAAUUAUACCUCCCCCAACGCGGCCUAUUCCAACCCCCGCCCGAUCACUCCCGUUCUUCAAACGGUGCGCGCAAACAGCAAAAGAAGCACGGACAGUGACAGCAACUACAACGAGACCACAUCGAGCGUGAUCGGGAAGCCCUGCCUGGCGUUAUGUGUAGACCACCGCGAUCCGGACGGGUGGCAGAUGCAGAACCCGCGAACCCACGCCUUUGCGCGUCCUCUUCAUCAGUUUCAGCUCAUUGCCGUGCUGUUAAUGAUUCUUGGGAUGGGGCUGUUCUACACGAACGUCUUCACGGCCUACGCCGUGCUCUACACCCACGGCCGUUAUCGAGGCUGUCUGGGGGAGCUGGUGGGCCUGACCGUGGCGGAGUCCCUUGGAGUUCUGUGCUACGUUAUGACCUGGCUGUGGGUCUCACUCAAGGAGAACGGGGAUGUGGAGGGGGUGGGGGAGUACUGUGUCUACUGCAGCCGUGACACCCAAGCGGAGUCCAAGCACUGCAAGGCCUGUAACAAGUGCAUCACUGGGUUUGAUCACCAUUGUAAGUGGCUGAACAUGUGCAUCGGGGCGAAGAACUACCGGCUUUUUCUUCUUUAUCUUAUUUCGGCGAUCUUUUUGAUGGGUGUGACGCUGAUGAGUGACCUGAUGUUGAUGCUGCGCUGGUGGAAAGAGAUCACCGCGAGGCAUUGGUACUUUGCCGUGACGUCGAUUCUGUUGGCUGGGAUCACGCUUCUCAGCGUGAUCCCAGCGAUCUAUCUCUUAGGGUUUCAUGUCAUGCUUAUUAUUAAUAAAAUGACGACAUACGAAUACAUCUUACAAGAACGGGAGAAGAAACGCUGUCAAAAAAAUUAG